AUGGAUUUCGUGACCGGUUUACCAAGGACCUUUAGGAAGAAUGAUGUCAUAUGGGUGGUAGUUGAUAGACUUACUAAAUCUACUCAUUUCUUGCCUAUUCGAGAGACUACUCCUGUUCAUGAGUUUACGGAGAUUUUUCAGAGGGAUAUUGUUAGACUUCAUGAUAUGCUUGUGUCUAUAGUUUCUGACAGACAUAUGAGUUGGCACGCAAGUAUUGGCAUGCCACCUUUUGAGGCUUUGUAUGGUAGGAAGUGUAGGGCACCGACUUGUUGGAAUGAAGUUGGAGAGAGAGAUAUUGAAGAGGUAGAGUUAGUUAGAGUGACAAAUGAGAAGGUGGCGCAGGCUAGAGGAAACUUAGAGAAGGCUCAGUCACGUCAAAAGGUUUAUGCAGAUCAGAAGAGAAAGUUUGGUGGAUUUCAACCCGGUGAUCAUGUGUUUUUGAAGAUGUCUCCUUGGAUGGGUGUUAAGCGUUUUGGUAUGAAGGGAAAGCUUAGUCCGAGAUAUGUGGGUCCUUUUGAUGUUAUAGAGAGAGUGGGUGAGGGCUGCAAGUAUCAUCCAUUCCAUGUGGUUCAGUAUCCGUUACAUAAGAUUAGGGAGGAUUUUUCUUGUGAGGAAGAAGCAGAAGCUAUUCUUGAUCGAGAGGAUCGAGUCAUGAGAAAGAAAAACAUUUCCUUUGUCAAAGUUUUGUGGAAGAAUCAUUCGGAGCGAGAGGCUACUUGGGAAUUAGAGGAUUCUAUUCAUGAGAGAUAUUCGAAUCUAUACGAUUCAGGUCCGUCUACUGAUAGUGAUGAAGAUAACAUGGGGAAAGAGUCGUGGGGAGUCUCCUCCUCGAUGCAAUAA